AUGUUUGAUCGUAAAACUUUUCUUUCAUUUUUCAGUCUUUACGGCUCUCUACUUGACAAAUUCAUACUCUCCUUUUCUCCUUGCUCUCCUGAGUUGAUUAACCGCCUCCAUCUUCACCAUUCCUUUUAUUUUUUCCUUUUUCUUCAUUCUUCUGUUCUUUCAUUCCCGUCUUACAGAAGCAAGUGUUUCUCAGAGUCAGAUAUCGAUUCUUCUUCAUCCGGAUUCGAUUCCCCAUCUGUGGAAUUAGACUUGACUGAUGCAUUUACGUCAGGAAGAUUCUCGGCGAGCCGCGUCAAAGAUAAACUGGCCACCACCAUUUCAUCACUUUCUUUUGAUAUCUCUCUCUCUCUCUCACCCUUUCUCUCUCUCUCUCUCUCUCACCUUUCUCUCUCUCUCUCUCUCUCUCUCUCUCUUCUCUCUCUCUCACCCUUUCUCUCUCUCUCUCUCUCACCCUUUCUCUUAGCGUUCAUUCUUCACAGUGUUCGCCAUCUUCCUGCUCCAGUCAAUUUUAAAACAUCACUGACAAUUAUGUAUUCGCCUCACGCCAUUUGCCUACCGUUUCUUUUCUCUUUUUCACUCCUCUUUCUUUGUUUUGUUUGGUUUCAUUGGCUUUCCUUUCUCUAA